AUGCGCGGGCAUACGUUAGUCAAGGAUAUCUUACGUCGAGUGGCGGAGCGCAUCGGCGGCUACAAGGUGCAGCUGGUCAUGGGCGUCACGGACGUGGACGACAAGAUCAUUCAACGAGCUCGAGAGCAGCAGAUGAGCUUCCAGACACUUGCUCGAGAGCAGGAGCGUCAGUUCUUUCAAGACAUGACGAAGCUCUAUGUGAAGCCUCCGACAGUCAUUACAAGAGUCAGCGAGCAUUUGCCGGAAAUCGUCCAGUACAUUCAAGAGAUUGAGCGGAAAGGGUUCGCGUACGAAGCUGUGGAUGGUUCGGGAGUGUACUUUAGCACGCAGAAAAUGGGAGCCAGCUACGGUAAAUUGGAUCCUGCACGACAGACGCAACAGGGUGGUGAGACGAAGGCCCAAAUGGUGGCGGCAGCCAGCGUGGAGGAGAGUCGGAAUGUGGACGAAGCAGAGCCGCAGAAGAAGGACCCGAGAGAUUUCGCACUGUGGAAAGCUGCAAAGGACUCUGAUGAACCGGCGUGGUGUUCGCCGUGGGGAAUGGGGAGACCCGGGUGGCAUAUUGAAUGCUCGGCUAUGACACACCACGUGCUUGGUGAUAAGCUGGACGUGCACACGGGUGGAGUGGAUCUGCGGUUUCCCCAUCACAAUAACGAAAUCGCGCAGUGCGAGGCGCAUAAUAAUACUUGUGGUCACAACGAAGAGUGGUGCAAACACUUUGUGCACUUUGGACACUUGUACAUUCGUGGAAGGAAGAUGUCCAAGUCGCUCAAGAACUUCAUUGGAGUGAAGGAUUUCUUGGAGGAGGGACACACUGCGGACGCUUUUCGCUUAUUUUGUCUACAGUUCAAGUAUCGUGCAAACUUAGUGUACUCAGAGGAUCGGAUACGGGAUGCAGAAGCGAUUGCAGAUCGUCUUCGAGGGUUCUUUCGAAGCGCCUUGGUAUACGGCUAUGAUCGUGCCAUUUCUAGCAGUCAUGCUGCUCGAGAUGACGUCAGGUCAAAGCGUUGCGAGAAAGAAGACUUGCAAAUGUUGGACGUGCUUUUCUCGACCCAAGCGCAGGUAGACGAAGUAUUGUUGAACGAUUUGGAUACUCCGCGUGCAUUGUCACUUCUUUUGGAGCUGAUAUCACGUGGAAACAUGUACUUGCUGACUAAACGGGGCGAUCGUGAAGCUCCUGAUGAGGUGCUUAUGUCACUGACUGACUACGUGCUUGACGUGCUUGGCCUCUUUGGACUCGAAGGACUGCAUGCCGAGUUUUCAGCCAUGAUGCACCUGCGAGUAGAAGCUUUGCAUGAUCCCAAGCAGUUGGUCAGCGCCCGCAUCCUCGAGUUAUGUGACACCUUGCGGAACGAAGAACUACAUCAGCUGGGUAUUCAGGUUGAGGACCUCGCACCAGGACAGUCUGUAUUCAAGUUUUUGUCACCGGCCGAGCGUAAGGUAGCUGAGGCGGAUGUCGUUCGGUCGAAGUACAGCACCGCGGCAAAAGCAGAUGACGAGAGUGUGCUGGCUUUGAAGCAAAAACAGCAGGAGUUUGAAGAAUUGAUGCAGAUUGCUCCGUCCGAGUUGUUCAAGAAGUCACCAGAGUAUGCAGAUCGAUUUUUCUCGUUGAGGGCUGAUGGAUUUCCGACGCACGAGGACAACCUGCCACUAACAAAAAGUCAACAGAAGAAGCUUGCAAAGAAACUGGCCAAACACGAACGAUCGUACGCCAAGUACUGGGAAGACCGCAAAAAUCAUAGGCGGUAG